ACCAGCCUAACCUCAUUUUUAGAAUUAAUCACACUGCAUUAUUUUUAUAAUUUAUCCUUUAUCCCGAUGUCGAUUCAGUAUGGAAGGGUUAUUUCUCUUAUUUUACUGGAACGUUUUGGCCCUGUGGUCGAGAAGGUCGGUAGCUACUUAUUUCAAUUCGGAACUGUACCACUUUUAUACAUCAAAAGACACACAGAUUUGCCCUUAUCUAAGGUUAAAGAAGCUUUAUGUAUUUUAAUAAAAUACAGAUUAGUCAAUUUCACCCCUAAUCGCAAUGAAAACGUUGCAAACUAUACACUGCAACAUGAGCGUGUUUUAUUAAUGUUACGCUACGCAAAGUAUAUUAGUUUAAUAAAAAAGAAAUUUGGAACUGAAUGUGAAUUAAUAAUGGAAGAGCUUUUACAUAGGAGUUACUGGACGGCGUCGGAAUUAAUUUUGAAAGUGAUAGAAAGAUUGAAAAAAGAUCAUAACAAAAAUGUGACAAUUUUAGCUUUAAGAGAAAAGUUUCUUUUACUGUUGACUGCUCAGUAUUUGACUAGGCUGCCAUAUAGUCAGGAAGAUAAACCUGUACCCAUUUUACAAAUUAGAGAAGAUGAACAAUUUUCACCACCUACAAUAGAUUUUAAACAAAUUGCUUUGGUGCAAAAUAAUAAGGCAACUGUGGAUUCUUUACCUGACCAAGGUGUUUAUUGGACUGUUAAUUUUGACAGAUUCCAUCAAGACAUGAGAGACAAAUUAAUUGUUAACGCUUUUAUUAAGAAGUUUGACGAAAACGCCGGUGAAUUUGUCAGACUUUUGCUACAACAGAUGUAUAUGAGAACACAACCUUGGGCUGAGGUGUCAAAUCCAGUCCCAAUUGUGGAAAUCCGGGAUCUUGUAAGAAAACAAGCGACUCAUCAGCACCUUUUAGCGUUUUUUGACCAAUAUGUCAAUGUUUUAGAGCAAGACAGCUCCAAAUUAAUUAGACAAGCGGGAGAUGCUGGUGGUGGCUCAUUUCAAAUUUUUCUAAAAGAAACUUUUACUCAAUUUGCGUGGGAAACAGUCGAACAAAUUGUUUUAGAAAAAUUUGAUACUAAAGCUGCACGUAUUUUUCGACUUGUUAAGUCAAAGCAGUACAUAGAACCCGAUCAAAUACAACAAUUGGCAAUGAUACCAGCAAAAGAAGCAAAACGUCUCACUUAUCAACUAUUGGAAGAGAAUUUUUUACAAGUACAGGAUUUAAAAAAAUCGACCAGUAGUGGCCCCAAUAAAAGUUUCACUUUGUUCUAUACAAACUUAGAUCAAAUACUGCGAAUGACUUUAGAAAUGUGUUACAAAACUUUAUUUAAUAUUAUGACUAGGAAAAAUCAUGAAAGAUUAGUUCAUAAGAGAAUUAUUGAUAAGAAACAAAGAGUUGAUACCAUUAUUAUGGGGAUGAAGGCGCAGGGAGCGGCAGACGAGCAAUUAUCUGACAUUGAAGAAAUGAUUACGCCACCUGAGCGUGAAAUUUUACAAAAAGUCGAUCUAACUAUGAAAAAAUUAAACACUGUGGAGUUGGAAAUCGACGAAACGAUAUUUUUAUUACAAAUGUAUCUGAUUUAUCAAUAAAAUUUGUAUUUUUGAAA